AUGGGCGAAUACUCUGGAAAGCGCUGUUUCUUCAAAAAUCAGGUUCCUGAAAUUGACUGUGAUCACAUAUACAUUAAUUUACGAAAUUUGUUCGAAACGACUCAUGGAAGUCAUCUUGAUUGUGGUUCUCAAUUGGAAUAUGUUUUGUUACGUGCGGGAUUCUUUGAUUUAUCACCGAUAAAUCUAUUCGAAUACUUCAUUUGCUCAAAUCAUCACCAAGAAUUGACGACAAUAAAAAGACGAAAUAUAUGCAACAUCUGUAAACUUGUCUUUGAUAAAGACAAGAAAUCAUCUACAAGUGGUCUUCGUGGUGUUUUGAAAACUGUUGCUGUGGGUCUUUGGUUAGAUCAUGAAAUAUCCACAUACGACAAAACGAUUUGUACUACAUGUCGUUUGAAGUUAGAGAGGCGGUACAAUAGACAAGAAUGUUUAGACAAAUCUGAAAAUAUUUUGAAAUGGUUGUAUAAUCCAAUGAUUUUGUUUACACCUGAAAAAUCCGAAAGCACACUUGACGAUAGUUAUCGUUUAAGUAGUGGAAGUUCUGAUAGGACAGAAAGCUUUACAGAUUGGCUAAGAAAUCAUGGUUUCAGUGGAAGAACCGAAAAAACUUUAUCUUAUGACGCUCUGACACAUCAUAGCAAGAAGAAUUUCCUCAACCAAAUGAAGAAAAUUCUUUUUCUUGUUUUCCAACUGUAUGCACCUCAUGACACAGAUUAUGUAUGGAAUGAGUUUAUUGACAAUGAAUACGAACAAAGACAUAAAAGUCGUGACCCUAAUUGUACUUUGAUUAUGGAAGCGAUCGCUAAUGCUUAUGCAAAUGCUGAACAUUGGUCAACCAAGCGGCAGCUUCUUUCGAUAAUCGCUGGGGAUUUACCAUUUAACGCCAUUAAAGAGUAUGUGCCAAAUUUAACAAUCGGAAGAUAUUACGAUGCCCGACGUCAGUCAAAAGGAAAUGGUGAGCUUAAAAUCGCUUUGAAAAUUACAUCAACUAACAAAUUUUCAUAUCACAAGUACUCGAAUAUUCAAGUUGAUCACUUUAUAGAGUAUAUCCUUUCACCUCAUAUAACAACGGAUCUACCUUUUGGUGAAAAAUCGAUGACAAUGAGCAAUGGAGCCAUUAUUAGUAUACCAAACCAUAUUCGAAACUUGAUUCCAUCUCGUAUUGUACAGCAGUAUUAUCAGUUCUGUUCUGAAACUGGUUCAAGUAAUUUCAAACCACUAUCUGAAACUGUCUUGUAUCAAAUUUUGAAUGGUUGCUCCGCAUCAACAAGAAAAAGCCUACAAGGUCUCGAUUACUUUUCGGCUGAUGGAUCGACAGCAUUUGAUAAUCUAGUUAAGAUUGCAGAUGAAAUGGUGACAAUAGGUGUAUCGGAUAACAUAAUUCGGAAACUGAAAAUGGAUUUACAAUCAUCUCGAAACUAUCUAAAGCGAGAUUACAAGUUGCAUAUUGAUGGUGAUUCGACUAUUCCCGAUCAUUGUCCUAUAUACUCACUCAGCGACACAACGUGUAAAGAAUGGCAACAAACAUGCAAUCACCAACAUGAUGAUCGAUGCGAAUAUUGUUCUCUGCUUGAUGUCACAUUGGAUACAUUGACUUCAUUAGCAAGGAAUUGUCCCAAAAGCUAUUCGUCUGAUAAACAAACGAGAUUAUUGCAUCGGAUUGAGCAUAAUAUUGAACUAAUUCACGAAUGGAAAGCACAUCUUCUACGAACUGUUCACCAAGAUGAAGCGCGUUGUGAUGUAUUGAAUAAUUUGGAUGCCAAGAGUGUUAUGUUGCAGAUUGAUUGGGCAAUGAAAUUUCUUGCGAAAGAAUAUCGAGAAUCGCAACGUCAAUGGUUUGCUAAGCGUGGACUGUCUUGGCACAUAUGCUAUGCAAUAAAACUUCAAUCAGCAUCUUCAUCAACAACGUCUGAUAGAACAUUUGAACAUAAAACAUACGCUCAUAUCUUUGACCAGUGUGUCCAAAAUGGACAAACGGUAACUAGCAUCAUGAGAGAUAUAUUAUUACGGAUCAAAUCGGCAAAUCCUGAAAUUCAAUUUGCAUACAUACGUGGUAAUGCGAAUUUUGUUAUUCUAUUUGCGAUAUCGUGA